CAUGGCUUUCCGUGAUUUAUAGGAUAUAUUCUUGCAUAUAUCUGUCGAGCGCAUGCCUGCCAUCCCUACCUUGUGGAUGGACUCAUCUAGAUGGCACCAAGAGCCAUUAGAUUGGGCUUCUCACGCCUACCAGCUACUUGCCCCUCAAAUUAACGUCAAAGGUCGCAUGGCUCUACUUUUGCUGCUCGCCGUCAUCUGGGCUUUCUCUUGGCUCCUGUUGCGCGCGUAUCAGGUCCUCACUACACCGAACGAGAUCUUGGUAGAGAAACUCGGCCUCGACAUCCCCCCCGCUCCGCUCCUGAUCCUCGAAGAAAUCUCCCCGACCGAGGUUUAUGUGACUUGGAAACAUGCGGAACCGUCCUCCUCCAUUCAAGAGCACUAUGUGGAGCUCAACGGCGUCGUCAUUGGGACCACCAAGAAGAGCGAGAUGGGCGCCAUCAUAUCUGGCCUACGUCCUGGAGCCAAAUAUGCCAUCCGCGUCUUUUGCGUCAGCACUGGCACCUUCCAGACUCCUAGCGCUCCCUUCCACGUGCGCACUCCUCAUCUUCCUGAGGGAAAGGAGGCUCCCGACUCAGUUCCCACGGUCAGAGGAGUCUCGGUGCGGAAUGCUUCAACCAUCACCCCAUUAGCUGCGCCCUCCAUGGCCCGCGAUCUCAGUGGAGGGCAGCCCAUGGGGAGAAGGGGGACAACCGGCCGUAGACCUUCCCCGGCCGGUCAUGGCACCGAUGCACAGGGUCAAGACGCAGGAUCAAGAGCCGAAGAGGAAGAAAUGGACGGUGACCUUGCGGAAUUGUCACAACGUUUCCAAAAGGUUCAACAGGACAUCGAAGCCGUCGAGGCUCAGAUCCAAGAGGAAGACAGGGAGUUUGAGGUCGCAAUGAAAGAGCUGGAAGCGCGCCGCGAUGAAUUGAAACAGAGUCUCAAAGAGCGCGAUGAGGCCAGCAAUGACCUUCGCAAGCAAGUCCACAAGGCAGAGACGCUCAGUCGCACAGCUCAAAACGAAAAGACCAAAAAGGAACGCUUACUACAGCAAAAGGAAAACCAGCGGAGGAAGAGGAAGGAUGACAUUUCCAGGUGGGAAGAAGCCACCGCCGCCAUGAAGGAGGAAAUUGCCGGCAUUGAGAAGCAGAAAGCCGCGAUUGAACGUAGAACGCAGUCUGAGCUACGAGAAAUGCGCAGGAAGAUCGAAGAGGAACAGAAGGAGGUCGCCAUGCUGGAGGAUGACAACAAAGAGAAAGCUCUCCAGAUCAAAGCUUUGGAAGAGGAACGCAAAUUACAGAACGUCGACGAGGAGACGGAUGAAACGAGAGAAGCCGAGCGUCUGGAUCGCGAGCGUGAUAUGAGAUGGCGUGCAAGAUACGAAGGCCUGCAGCAAACCUACACUCGGCUGUGGAACGACUUACAACUGGCCAACCAGCAAGUUAACUACACCAGGGAGCAGAUUAAUCAGCUCGAGGCAAGGCGAGCAAAUACAAUGGCAUUCGCACCUAUUGCGCCGCUCGACAUGGACGCUAUUCGUCGAGGAAUGAGACCUGUUCGACGAGCGAGACCGGCGGGCUCACUGGGGAGCAGCAUCUCUUCGCCGCGAGGCCCAUUUGCUGGACCUGAACCUUACCCAUCGGGACUGCAGUACACCUCUGCUCCCACUUCUUCUCCUACCGCAGCUGUCCCAAGCUAUUUCAACCCGCAGAAUGGGAUGACACUGGCAAUGCCUGUGGAGAUGACGCCUUCGACCCACGAUGAUCCUGACGCCAUCUCUUCAAUCCCAAUGAGUCCUCGGGCAGACUCACUCCUACCCGCCGACCUACUUGGUGACGAGUCUGCAGAUGACCUUCCUGAAGCAGAAAUUCCGCAGCAGAAAGAGAAAACUGAGACUGGGACGACGCCGUUCCCUACGAUAGGGUCGCCCGUACUGCAUCCCGACAGCGGCCGGACCGAAUCUCCUAGUGUUGGUUCCUCAUCUGGCAGGUCGUUCUCGAGCCCCAUGCAGAUCUCUGCACCUGCUGAAGGCGAUGAGAAGUCGUCAAAUUCAGGGAAGAGGUCGGAUCAAACACCUGAAGAAGACGAGGUGGUUCAGCAACCAAAGAAGCCGAAGUACACGUCCAUGUCCUCCAUGUUCGGACUCAACCGUCAGCGAGGAAAAACCCUUGCGGAUCAACCACCACCUCUUGGGUCUCUCAAGCCGAGCCAGAGUCAGUCCUUUCCAAGGAAUGUGGAAGAUUUCGACCCUCGACUUGAAACCAAAAGGCGACUUAGCUACGGCGGGAACUGGGCGUUUCCAGGAUCGACCCUCCUAAACAGCAACAGCACUCAGGAAGAAAAGGAACCUUCGGUUUCUCGCUUUGCGGCAACCCGACGUGCCUUUGGAUUAGGCGGCUUUGGGAAGUCGGCUGCAGCUUCGGCGAACUACGAUCCAUUUGCCAUGAGGUCAGCAUCCUUCGAUCCGGGUCUUCGAGGCGAUACUUCCUCUCCAAGGCCGUCAUCAACUUACUCUUUCGAUAAAAUGCCGCGACCGUCGAUGGAAAGCCAGUUUCGUGCGUGGAACGAUAAGUCGGCACUGCGAAACAGUCCUUUGGCUCCGGAUUGGGGAUCCCUCCAUUCUUUUUCUCGUUCCCACUCACGGCGUCCUUCUAUUGUUUACGGAUCGACCAGCAAUCUCUCGCUUCCACAUGGCGACGAGGAAGUCGUGGAGCCGGAUCGGAAACCAACGCGUCCUCUACAGGCGCCGAUCGGCACUCGGCCAGCCUCUUCUCAACAGUCCUCGACCCCGAAGUUGAACCCAGCUGCUCCAUCGUUCACGACACUGUUCAGCAGGCGGGGUGAGAAAUCUAAGGAUAAGGACAAAAACAAGGCGAAAGAGUCGAAAGAGAGGGUGAAUGACAUGGAAGCUGCCUCCCCCCCCGAGUCUCGAAAGUCAAAGGACACCAACUCGAUCGCGGCGACCGUCUCUACCCUCGAAUCGGAUACGCUCGAUCGAACACAGUCCGGGACUAGCGCUCAGCUAUCUCUUGAAAAUACCCCGGCCAAGCCAACCUUCAUCUCCAAAAUCACGCGCAAGGCCAGCAGCAAUAAGUUUGGGAGCUGGAAGGACAAGGGCGGCCUGUUUUCUAGAAAGGAAACAUCUGUUCCAAACGGUGAAAAUGAAGAGGAACAAGGGUCAACCGAACAUCUUGGGAGGAGUUUGGAAAGCACAUCGACGACGCCGAGCGCGGAGGAGAAGAAAACGAGUAGAACGAGUCUGAGCAACUGGAACUUCAUGCGCAAGAACAAGAAAGGGCUGAGGGAGGACCUGACGGCAAGCGAGAUCAGCGAGAGCAGCGAGCGGGCAAGUGAGGCUGAGGACAUUGGGGAGGAGAGGGAAGAGGAUGAAUAGGCAUGCAAGAGAGGGCUGCUAUGGACCAUUCGUAUAUCGGUGACAGAAGAAGUUUGUCAAGUCUGUUGUUCGUCCAGAGACUUUGAAGGGAUCGCAUCGGAUGCCAGUGACUCAUUUUGUAGUGAUUUUAACACGCCUCACUCCGCCACCAUGAAUCGAUCGAUUCGUAUUUCUUCC